UUGGCAUUGUCCGUGUUUAAAUUGGUGUAACAACCGCUACUAGUACUAAGCUCAAAGUGAUGGGUAGGCAGCCUUGUUGCGACAAGCUGGGCGUGAAGAAGGGGCCUUGGACAGCCGAGGAGGACAAAAAAUUGGUCAAUUUUAUUCUCACUCACGGCCAAUGUUGCUGGCGUGCCGUCCCCAAGCUCGCCGGCCUCCGCCGCUGCGGCAAGAGUUGUCGACUCCGCUGGACGAAUUACCUCCGGCCGGACUUGAAGAGAGGACUCCUUAAUGAAGAUGAAGAGCAGCUUGUUAUUGAUCUGCAUGCCCGUCUUGGCAAUAGAUGGUCCAAAAUUGCGGCAAGAUUGCCCGGAAGAACUGAUAACGAGAUCAAGAAUCACUGGAACACACAUAUCAAGAAAAAGCUUAUUAAGAUGGGGAUUGAUCCUGUUACGCAUGAGCCUCUGCAGAAACCUGCAGCCACCCCACAGGAUGCAACUUGCCAAGAAAAUGGCCGGCCAAAUCUUGAUCCUAAUCAACUAGAGUUGCCGAAAAAUUCUGGCCAUGUCUUUCCUUCGACUGAUGAAUCUAGCACUCCAAUCGAGAAUUCCUCGACCGAAGAAUCGAGGUCAUCGUCAGAGUCUGGCAGUGAUGAUGACCCCUUGAUGAACUUGAUAUGGUCGGAGUCAUUUCUCAAUGACUUGUCCUGGAAUUUCCCUGGCCCAGAUUCCAGGGAAGAAUACAGUGAACUUGGGUUUUCUUCAUCAUCGGAGGAAAACUCUUUGUCAUGGUUGUUGGACUACCCAAACAUUGGAGAUGAUCUUCAUCAGAGCUUUGGAAUUGGUGGCUUCAGUGAAAUUGACAUGAAUUGCCUUGACAUGGGUGGCAAGUACUAGCAUGCACCUAAUAGGAGUGCUUCUGUGCACUCAUGUAAAAAAAAAAAAAAGGUCAAAAAAGUUUAAAAAAUGGGGCCAUUAGGUCUUGUGAAUGGACUUUUUAAGCUUAAUUUCCAGUUAAAUUAUUUAUCUCCAGUUAGGAUCUUAGAAGAACAAGGGGAAAAAAAGGAAAAAAAAGAGUCAUGAUGCUCAAGAAGUAUAUGCAAGUAAAUGGUACUCCCAAUUUUCCUUUUUUUUUCCUUUUUCUCCCACGUUCUUGAGAUCCAAAUAGAUAACUUUUCAGCCGACCACUGCCUCGAUGGAAAAGAUAAUUGCGAUUCAGACUAAGUUGGUGAGCUGUCACUUUGCCAAAAGAAAGUAAGGAUAAUCUGCACUCUCAACCCUUGUUUUUUUCCGGGGAUGUUUGAUGAUGUGCCCUUGCAAUUGGGCUAAUGGGGAUUUCUAAUUUGCAUUAUAGAAUAGAAAGAGAUGUGCUACCAAAUGGUCACCCCACUCCCCCCCCCUUGAGCUGUGUGGUUGAAGCAUGACGAGGGCAUACACGUAUAUAUAUGUAUAGCAUCUUCUGUAAAGAAACUUUAUAGUGCUAUCUGCUAUGUAAACAUCUUUUUGGUUGUUGGAAAAUAAAACUUGUAUAAAUAGUAUA